AUGGGCAAUUUUUUCGCUUCUCACAUUCCGAACAUCAAUACUCUUGACUUGAACAAUGAAAAUCAUUUCAAUGUUCUUGAUUUCUUGGCCAAAACAUUACACGAUUUAUAUGUCGAAUACCAAACACAACUUCAUCAGUAUUCAAAAAGUUCUGUUCAUAAACCAGUAUAUGUAGAUCUUUUUUCGAUACCACUUCCGAACGAAAUGAUCAUUCGGUUUGAGACAACUCUAACAAGAGAUCAGCUUGACACUGAUCCCGAAAAAAAAUAUAACCCUUCUUUGGAGUUUAAGAACAUUUUAUCCUUUUUAACCCAUUUGGAAAAUGCAGAAAAAUAUACAAAAACAAUUCUUGAGCUGAGAUCUUUUCUUCAAUCCAACAAACGGUUCUUAACGACUUCACAUUCAAAAAGUAGCAUUGGUUUAGUUGGGAUCAAUAAUGACAUUACUCGAAAUUUAAAUGCAUUUGAGGAUACAAUCAAAGAUUUAAUUGACGACAAUUCAAAAUCAAAAGAUAGCAGUUCUGACUUGUAUAAUCGACUUCAGCUCAAUAACUUUUUAAUUCAGUUGGAAAUUCAUUUUUUCUCCAAGUACAGCUUGUUUUUGAAAAGAAAAGCGGAAAAAACAUACUUAAGAAAUGCAACCAUGUCACGGUUAAGAACACCUGAAAAUGGGCGAUCCAUGUCAAUGUACAGACAAGGUCCUACACCGUAUUUGUUGGAAAGACACGAAUCAUCCCCAGAAAGUCCAAGCCAAAUAUUCUUUGACAGCAGUCCUUCAUCGUCAACUUUUAGCCCUUCUUUUUUCACUCCAGAAAAUGGACAGGAAAGAGGCAGAAGGAAAUCCUUCGCGCUCUCAUCACGUCAAAAAUAUCCAUUCGAAAUUUUUGAGCCAACGGAAAAAGUGUCUCCCUUUCAGCCUGUGAAUGCUCCAGCAACAACCUCACCAGUCCCUAAAAAUUCUCUCUUAAGUAACGAAAAUAAUCCUCUCGUAUCUUCAAAACCUCCUGUUGUGAAGAAGAAGAAAAAGAAAAAGGAGGUAGAACCCUUUACCUAUUCUUUCUUGCUAACACAAAGAGGAUAUAUUACAGACCCAAGAUUUAAGAAAAAAGUUGCCACUCCGAGGUCCAUUUCCAAAGAAUCAGACAAAGAAAUUUUAAUUACCAAAACAUAUGAUUCAAGCGAUGAAGAAGAACGUAUUGCUGUCACUCUUCCAAAAAAUCAUGAGGUUUCUCCUCUGGUAGCAAAAAUCAACAAAAUGAUCAAAGUAAUUAGACAAAAUCUUCCAGAAUAUGAAUACAAGGAAAAUGACAAAAAUUCAAUUCCUCUUGUUAAAGAGGAUCCAAACUCUCUUAGAAACAUUAUUUUAGCAAUUUCGUUUUUUGAUGAUCUAGAUAUGAAUGAUGUGAGCAACCAAUACGCCAUUGUCGAAUGUGGAGGAAUUCCAACUCUAAUUAAGCUUUUUGAUUAUCAUGGCGAUGACAGAAUUCGAAUUGGAUCAGCAAAUAUUUUGGCUCAUUUAUCAAGGAAUUCAAGAAUUCAACUUUCAAUUGCUGAGAACAUGCCUGCUCUUCUGAGAUCUCUUAACAACAGUCAACCAUCCGAGGAAAUGACAACGAUGACUCAUUUGCAGAAGGCUCACCAUAAAUUGAAAUUUAACAAGACAUCACAAAUUACAUUUUUGAGUUUAUUGAGUGAGGUUAUCGCCAAUUGUUGUGAGCGAAUAGCAGUAAGAAAAAUUAUCAAGAAGACAAAAGGCAUCAAAAAAGUGUUUCUAUUUUUGUUGAAUAAUAUUGGAUUUUUUGAUGGAUCCGGUCAAACAGCUGUAAAUAUUUUUGAUUAUUUCAAAACCAAGAACUCUUCCCAAAACAGGCCGUUCUCUCUAGCAGCACAGAGUUUACAACACAACAAAACACCCGAAGCUUUAGCAAUUAUUCAUAAUUGUCUACGUAUAAUUUGGAGCACAUCAAAGAGUAAAUCUAACCAAGAGGAUAUUUGCAACACCAAGCUCUCUGGUUUGUCUGGAAUUUCGAUUUUGGAUAAAUAUUUGGAUCAGUUGUAUCUUUACCUGAAAGAUUUUGGAUCUGAAUCAGAUGAAACCUUGAUUGGCCCUCAUAAAAUUCUUGUACCUGUCGUUGGAUCCUUCAUGCACUGUGCUGAAAAUGAUGCCAUUCGUGUGCAAAUGAGGAACAAUGAUUUGGUGAAAAAAUUACUAGUGGUUCUUACCUCAAUUAACAAUAUUAUGGUCAAGACCAAUGUUUUCCACAUUGAACUAUUAAUUGUCAUGUCAGGAUUACUUUUUAAUUUAACCAUCGAGAAACAUGUCCGUGAACAAAUUAACACCAUCUUGGAAAUUAUGGCUCUUUGGAUCAAAAAAUAUGAGAAACAAGCAAGAUCAGAUCCGGAGAGGUCUCUGAUCCUCUUAGAAUAUAUCACUGGUGCCAUGUUCAAUGCUUCAUAUUCGAUGGAAAAUGCUCAGAAAAUAUUUGAGCUUGGUUUAAUACCCUCUCUAACAAGUUUUCUGGAUAUUAACUUUGUCCCAAAAAGAGCAAAACAAGUCACUACACCACCACUCAACACUUCUCUUACAUCAAAAUCACCAGCCUCACCCACAUCUGUACUCUCUCCAAGUAAGAGAAGAAAAAGAACGGAUAUCACCGACCAAGAGGAAGUAUUUAUUGAUGCCUCAUACACGAGUGGACUUUUAAAAACAAAAUCAGUUGAAAAAUCAGAUGAACUCAUCAAAUUUAGGUGUGCUGGAAUUAUUGCAAAUUGUGCAAAAUUACCUUGGACUAAAAUUCUCAUUUUCAAGUCGGGAAUUGUGGACCACAUUUCUCCUCUACUAGUUUCCUCCUCAAAAACAGACUUGAUCGCUCACUGCUUGGAUAUUUUGGGCCAAAUUUGUAAUUGUAGCUCUGUAUUGGACAGCAUGUUAAAACAAGGAGCAAUGAAAGCCAUUUGGUCCAUGGUCAGAAAUGAAAAGCCAGAAAUUCAAGCAGCUGCAGCACGAGCUAUAUCGAACUGCAUUCACAACGCUGAAAUUGCUGCACGGAUUGGAGAGACCUACGUCAGUGGAAUUGGAGUUUUAGUUCGAGUACUUGAAUCUUCGUCCGACCUUUUUGUUUUAGGGAAUAUUUGUCUUGCUAUUGCCAAAAUGAGCCAAAAUCCAAUGAACCGAGCUAUUUUCACCGAAGAAGGCGCAUGUACACAUAUCGCCAACAUGUUAAGAACGACACAAAAGUGGGUGGAUGAUCUCAUGGCAGCCCUGUCCACCAAGCCAAAAGGAAAUGAAUUCUCCAUGGUGGUCUAUGAAACUGAAACGGGCGAAAAAAAGAAGCUCGUUUAUGAUAAUCCAGUUCUCAAUGCUCGCCUAAAUGAUAAUCUCUUUCUAAGAUCCACAGCUGCUCUCGCUAUUGCUGAGCUUGGGAAACAUCCACAUAAUUCAAUCACAUUUUUUGAGCAUGGAGUGGUGGAUCCACUCAUUGAAAAUAUUAAGCUGCAAAGAAUGUUGCAAAAACAUUAUGAUUCUAACCACAGAAAACAUUAUGAGAAUACUGCAAUGAUUGAUAUUAUUUCUAACACAUCUACAAAAUCAAUGUCACAAGAAAAUGGUAGCCCAUCUCUACCACCCAUUCCAAAAGAGUUUUCACGUCAUCGAAGUAAUAGCUCUUCCUCGCAUCACAUGAUGAGUGACGAUUCCAAAAUGGAACAAACUCGAAAAUUACAACACAAAAAACUCUCACCUUUCGUUUGUCACAGCAUUGUCUGUGCACCUUACAUGAAAUUGGAAAACUCUCUCGCAAAUAUUGCCGGAAUGCUUGAAAGUGAAAAAUUAUCGAGAAGUGACAAUGUAUCAUCCGAUGAGAAGGAAGAAACUGAAGAAAUCUAUGAGGAAAUUCCAGCAACUGUUGCUCCAUCAGACAUUGAUUGUCAUUAUCAUCAUAUUUUCAGAAAUACAUCCUAUGCACUCAGUGUCCUUUCUGAAAAUGAAACUAUUUCUAAAACUCUUCGAAUUUGCAAUACUGUGCAACUGCUGGUUCGCUUGUUGAGCGCCAAGAAUGAUGCACUUCAAUUAAGUGCUGCGAAUGCCAUUGCAAAUGUUCGAAAGUUUCAUGUGUGCUCCAAGACAGCAACAAAUCAUAAAGAAUAG